GAGCUAGGAUCAGUCAUCCCAGCUCCUUCAGUUAUCCUAGCUCGUUUACCAGAUCAAAAAGCUCGAGCAAUCCGACAGAUCGCUCAGUCACUCAAUCGGGCAGCUCGGGCAAGCAUUCAAAACGACAUAUUGUCAGACACUCAAUUUGACAACGGUUUAACGGCCGAGAAGCGGCAAUACGACAGUUCAAUAGUACGAGCGACAAGACCGUUUGGUAUCCUUAUCGUGUAUUAUUCAUUUCAUUCCUAUUAUUGUACUGUAUCGUGUAAGACCAAUGAAGGUUACUAUUAA